AUGAAUCCAAAAGUUGUUUUGCAAUGGAUCUAUCAAAAACUUAUCUCUUACAAUCUUUUUCUGUUGAACGAAGAUGAUUAUGAAGAUGACGACAAUGCUCACUAUAUCCAAGAUCCUAGGAUUGUUCUUAAGUAUCAAAAAUACAAAACUUGGCUGUACGUAAUUCUUUUUACAGUAUGUCUCUAUGUACUGUUCUUCGUCACAUUGAUGAAGAUAGAGUCUCAAACGGUGAUCAUAACGAAAAUCACACCUGAAACAUUUCUUCAACUUAAUUCUGAACAUAGUGAAACUCUUUCAUGUCCAUGUUCAACCGUAACAAUACCAUACAAGAAUUUUGUCUCUAAUGAGAUUACAAUGCAUCCUGUUUGUUCGAGUGGCUUCGUUGACCAGCAAUGGAUUCAAGCAAUCUAUUUUGAAGAUGCCAGCCGAUAUGGAGUUUGGGAUUUUCGAACCAGUGCCUAUUCACAGUUUGAACUUCUAUUCAAACUUUGUACACUUUGUCAAGAUGUGAUUACCCAAACAAUAGACGAUAUUAAUAAUACCGAGUUGAUCGCCAUUGAACUCCUUUCGGAAGCACAAAUUCGACAGGAAGUUAAUGCCAUUAUCGCAUUUGAAAAGAUUAGUGCAUCUAGUCGGAUGACAACGUUGUUAAAUUAUACUAGAACAACAAUUCAGGGAAACUUUUUUGUUUCGGCACUGGAAACCAAUUGGAUUAUUGGAACCGAGUAUAGUUUCGAUGGUUAUUCUCCUUUCUUAAUUGCCAUGCAAGUGUCGCUGCAAGUUCCAAACUGGGAAACAAUGUUAUGCGGUCAAGGCAUCGCAUCAAUCGAAGCCACUCUUCCGCCUCUAUCCAAUGAUUCAAUCGAUUACUUACGUCGAGCAGAGAUGACACCUCUGGAUAAUUCGACGAUUGUCCAUGGUUUCUUUGUAGGAUGUACCCCUCUUGAAGCACUUCUGCAAAGUACAUUGAAUUGUCUGUAUGACUUGGAAUGUCUCGACUUAUUAUUCGAUUACUUUCCAAAUCUAUACAGCACUAAUUUCACUCCGAGCAAUUUACGUUUAACUUCACAAUACGAGAAUAUGUCGGUAGCCGACAAUUUAAAUCGUCUUUUUGCUACGAACUGGUCAUGGAAUCUAAACUAUUCGAGAUACUUCGAUCAAUGCUCUCCAUCCAUGUGCACAUACACAAUAACAACUCGAACAGUUCUAUCCUAUGCAAUUACUCUAUUCAUUAGUCUUUAUGGCGGUCUAAUCAUCAUACUUCGUUUGAUCUCAUCGCAUAUCAUUGAUCUCCUUGUGAAAUAUGCGAAUCGCGCAAACAAUACAGGCGAACUUAAGCUAGUUGAACGGAUAAAACGAUUGAAUUUGUUUAAGAAAGCUGCAGAGCGAACGGAAGAAGCUAUCAAACGGCAAAGAAUUAUUACUCGGUUCUAUUUAAUUUCAUUAAUCGGUUCGAUAUGCAUCCUUUGCCUUUUCACAUCAUUGGCUAGUGAAACGAUGACGAAAAUCGUGUCGAAGCCUUCACUAUCGACUUACAAUUCAUUGGAAAGCAUAUAUUCGGCGACACUCCGAUGUCCAUGUUCAAAGAAAGCCAUACCUUAUCAAAUAUUUCUCACUACUUCUCUACGUUUUCAUCAAAUAUGUUCGAGCGGUUUUGUUCAAAAUGAUUGGAUCAAAAUCUUGCGAAAUAGUGGCUUCAGCAUCACCGAGAGCGAUUGGAGUAACAACGUCGGUACAGAAUUUCGAGUCUUGUCCGACUUUUGUCAGUUAGCAAACAAGACAAUCGAGGAUGCUACGAAUCGAUUUUUAUCUCAAGUAUAUAUCGCUUCCUUUGCAAUGAAUCAGCAUGAUUUUCACCGGGAAUUAUCUUCAAUAGCCAAACAAUUUUAUCAGUCGACACUCUACAAUUUCAAUUCUCUGAAAAAUUUUCAACAACUCAUCAUUCAAGUCGAUCAGUUUUAUCAAGGAUCAAUCCAAGCUUCAUUUAUAUUCUACUACAAUGGUCUAACUGUCAAUAUAAUAACAGAUGAAAUAAGUAAUCGUCAAACAGCAAAGAUGCAAUUUGUUCUAAAUGAAAUUCAGCCAAUCAAUUCGACCAUGGCCACAUGCGUUUGUGCUGUAGAUCCAUCUUGUCACAGUUCAGCUGUUCUGUAUAACCGAUCACCUGAUUAUAGUUUGAUGUAUACCGUACCUGGUUGGAGUAAAGGCUGUUCCGGAAUGGAUUCGCUGCGACUAUCGACACUUCAAUGUCUAUAUCCAGAAUCAAACCCGGACUGCUUUCCGCUCUUCUUGAGUGUUAUAUAUAAAGUAUCGGAGGUCUUUCUGUAUCUUGAAUCAUCAUCACUUCAGAUUGAGCCGUUAAUUUACGAUUCAACCAUAAGCCGUUAUCCUCCUAAUACAUCGAUGUCCGUUAUCUUUGACGAAAUGAUGCUCGAACAAUGGAAUAUAUCUGCAUCGUACGAGCUCUUCUACGAAUCAUGUGCACCGGCAUAUUGUUCAUUUUCUGAACGAAUUCGUAAAGAAAAUUUCAUUGAAGUUGUUAUCACGCUAAUAUCGAUGAUCGGUGGUAUCGUCAUUUCACUUCGUCUAAUAACACCAUAUUUAGCUAACUUCAUUCUUGACUUUUGGAUCGCAUCAGGAAAGAAACCUAAAAAACCAAAACAAGCUCAUCAAAGUUGUCUCGAUCGCUUGAAAACUCUCGUGGACACGUUCGUAGCGCUCUUGCGUAAUACAAUACUCAACUUAAAUAUAUUCACGGUGCAUGACUUCGGAAGUCAUGAUGAUCGAGCGACUGUCAAGCGCCAUGGUCAAUGGGCAACGCGCCUUUUCUUCAUUCUAUUUCUCGGCAGUCUGAUUUUGCUUAUUUCUUAUACCACUAUUCAACCAAAAACUAUAACAAAAACGUAUGAUAGACCAUUGUUUACUUUCUACAAACAUUUAAUAGAAAUUCAUGGUGAUGAAUUGGAGUGCACAUGCUCGAAUAUUGCAUCAUCAUUCGAUCGAUUCGUUAACAUUGAACCUGUAUUUCACUCGAUUUGUUCGAGUAAAUUCAUUUUCGAUGAAUGGCGAGUAGAGUUGACAAAUGGUCUGGAUCACAAUUUAACUGCNUCAUGA